UCAUUCUACUGAUCAGACGGAACGAACACGCACACACACACACAUACACGCACACACACACACCUAUACACACACACACACACACACACACACACACACCUCAUGGAGCUCCUCCUCCUUCCCUCCUUCUCAGGGAUUCUCUUCAGAAGCAGCUUCAGUCGGCAGGAAGCGGAUGUUCUUCUCUGCAGGUUCCUGUCGCGGACGUGAGGAGGAGAAACAUUGAUUGACAGCUGCUGAUCAGAGGUCUGUUAAGACCCCCUCCUUAAGGUCUGGGGCGACCCUCCUCCCAGAGCCCAGACCAUUGACAACCAUCAAACCAAACUCUGACACAAGCAGCAUCACCUGCUGAGCCGUGAUUGGACGCUAGAAGACCACCUAUCUGUCUACCGGUUUAUCUACCGGCCAACGGUCCGUCAGCUCUUAUUGUGAUGGCGACUUCCUGUUUGCAACUGCUGAUUAAAGAUCAGAGAUAAGAGCCGUUACCAUGGCAAUUGAUUCACACUGACCAAUGGCGGUCCCCUCUGUUUGGAGACCUUCUCCUAAAUAUAGACUAUUCCUUUAAAUUGUCCAAACACUUAAUCCUCUUCUUCUUCUCUUCCUCCACAGGAUGUCAAGUAACUGGUCCGUCGUGCAGCGGUUAUCCCAGGCUCCGCCCACUGGUCCCACACUGCCGCCCCAUCUCAACGCCUCCAGGUUCCCCCCUCUCAUGGACUGGGAGGCUCCCAGCUUCACCCGGGCAGCCCAGUUCCGCGUGGGCGCCACCUUCGUCCUUUUCAUGUUCGCUGCCUGCAGCAACCUUGCCCUAUUGGCCAGCGUAUGGUGGGGGCGUGGCCGGCGGCUAUCCUCUCACCUGCGGCCGCUGAUGCUGAGCCUGGCGUCGGCCGACCUGGUAAUGACCUUUGUGGUGAUGCCUCUGGAUGCGGUGUGGAACAUGACGGUGCAGUGGUACGGAGGAGACGCCCUCUGCCGGCUCCUGUGCUUCCUGAAGCUCUUCGCCAUGCACGCCUCCGCCUUCGUCCUCGUGGUGGUCAGCCUUGAUCGCCAGCACGCCAUCCUGAACCCGCUGGAUGCCCUGAGCGCGCACCGCCGCAACAGAGUCAUGCUGCUGCUGGCCUGGUGCCUCAGCCUGCUGCUUGCAUCGCCUCAGCUCGUCAUCUUCCGGGCCAUCAGAGUGGAGGCCGUGGACUUCACUCAAUGUGCAACUCACGGGAGCUUCAGCCGCCGCUGGCAGGAGACGGUCUACAACAUGUUCCACUUCUUCACGCUGUAUGUUGUCCCCCUGCUGGUGAUGAGCUGCUGCUACAGCCGCAUUCUGCUCCACAUCCACCAGCAGCACAUGAGGGAGAAAGGUGAGUCAUACCUGCGGCGCAGCGGCACUGGCAUCAUCCCGAAGGCCCGGUUGAAGACCCUGAAGAUGACGGUGGUCAUCGUACUGUCCUUCGUGGUGUGCUGGACGCCGUACUACCUGCUGGGGCUGUGGUACUGGUUCCAGCCAGCCAUGCUGCGCCUCACACCCGAGUACGUGCAUCAUGGCCUCUUUGUCUUUGGGAACCUGAACACCUGCUGCGACCCCGUCAUCUAUGGCUUCUACACGCCCUCCUUCAGGGCCGACCUCGCUGCCUGCUGCCGUCGGACCAGGAGCGCACCGCUGUCGCCACCGACGGCAGCAGGGCGUUAGACUGACACCAACCAAUGAGAGGACGGGGGGGUGAUGAUGUCACAGUCGGAAUACGUCUGCAUUGGAAUUGCCAAAUGUCCCCGGAAGGUUCCUCACUGAGAGAAAGGAAGUGAAGUGAAGUGAAGUGAAGUAGUGUAAGUGGCGCCAGGAUAAGAGCUGUUUGACCUCUCUAAUGCUGAGGAAAGGAGCUGCACUGCUUCCUCCCUUAGCUCCUUUAGGAAACAACGGACCUUACUUUUCGAAAGGAAAGGAGAUAAUUCCGUCCCACAAUUCCCAGCGCUGUCAAUAUUCAGGGGUCUCAAACUCGCGGCCCGCGGGCCAAUUGCGGCCCUCGGGACGAUAUUUUGUGGCCCCAUCCUUAAUAUGAAAGUGUAAUGUUAGUGCGGCCCGCGAGUUUUAUACUGUACCCCCACUGUCAGCUAACUGUGUGGGACAUGUUAUAAUGUUCUGGUUUCCUACUG